UGUUGUCAACAAUGAAAAUGACAAGACGUAUAGCAGAGUAAUUUUAAUUUAAUACUAAAUUCACAAAAUUGUUGCUAAUAUUUAUUGUACUACGGCAAACAUGUCCGACGUGAGCGACAACGACUCUGUGUCGUCGGUGGAGGAAAUCUUCACGAUCCGCCAAAUCCAACAACAGAGUCCUCGGCCGAUUCCGAGCAACAUAAAACACGCCGUGCCUUCCCGUGGCGGUUUCGUCCGAGAAAUACACUCCAGCGAAAGGAUGCCGUCGGCGGUGCCGUCGGCGGUGCCAAUGCAGCUGUGUCCAGCGAGAGAGAACAACAACACGGUCCUGCUCGGCAAAUUCCCACCGAUCAUUACCCUGAACGUGGGUGGGGUCCUGCACAUGACCCGCCUCUCGACGCUCCUCAAAUACUCGGACUCCAUGCUGGCGGCGCUCUUCAGCGGCCGUUACCAGGUUGACCAGGACAAAGACGGAUACUACUUUCUAGACAGCAAUGGGACGGUCUUUAGCCACAUCCUCGAAUACCUGCGUUACGGCACCCUCCCUCCCAACGACAUGGUGUUGUCCGUGUAUCGCGAAUCAGAAUACUAUGGCCUGCACAGCCUCACGGAGAAGCUAGAGCUGAAACCAGAAAUCGCCUCGUUACAAGUGAAAGAAUCGCAUCGUGCCCAGUUCCCAGGUUACAACAACACCCGCGAUGAGAUUAUCCGGACAGCCAUUGCCAAUGCGGCGGUAAGUAAAGUCGGUGAGGUGAUCGUGCACGCGUUCAGGAAGGAAUUCACCCCCAGGGUGCAGAACUUUAAUCCGAACCACGGGUGUAUUGUGGAGCAGGCCCACGUGACUAUAGGACCCUGGGAUUCGACGGCAUCCGAGGAAAUGCUGAUCAAGUGUCUGGAGACUGAUUUAAUGGACGAGGGCUAUGUGGUGAAACCACACGAGAGUCGACGGAAAUGUAAAUACUAUUACGGACAGACGUGUCAGAAGUUUGUAUUCAAGAUAACAAUAGUCUUUGAAUGAACAUGUUAUGAAUUAUGAAUGGCAUGCAUUGUUGAAUAUUUUUAUCGAUGAUCAUACGUUCCAGGCAUAAAAUAGAUGUAUGUGUUAUUUCUUAUUUGUAAUUCAAACAGUAGAAAGUGCUAGUCAGCAAAUAGUAUCCACAAUGGCAGAUAUUUGUACUAAUUAUUGUACAUUUGUUUUCCUCGUCUUUGUUGAUUAUUAAUCCCAGGAAUUUCUUUACUUUUCCUGAGAUCCAUGUACAUGUAAUUGUUUUUUAAUGUAUUUUUGUAAUUUUAAUUUAUUUUGCUGACCUGAGUUUUAGAGAUAUAUUGUUUUUGUUUCUUAUAUAAUUAAUUUUGCACUACUACAAAUCUUCAAUCAUGAACCAAGAUGAUCCAAAACAUUGUCUCUGUCAGAAUUGAUUUUUUUUAGCAAAAUGUCAUAAAUAUUGUAUAAAUUAGUGACAAAAAAGCUGCAAUAUUGAAAAGCCGUAAAUGUUAGGUUUUUGUUCUUUUUACAAUGCCCUAUCAUUAUCAGGGUCAGCAGCUCUAGAAUACUACAGAACUUGCAAUACAUGUAAUAAUUAUCAUUGUAAACUGUUAUUUUUUGUUGGUAAACUUGUUCUACAUUUCCAUUAUAGUAUUCAAAGGGAAGUAACCCAGUGAAGAAGUAAUACAGGGUUUGAAUCCAAGCCAUUAAAAGACUUCUGCGUUUGCCGACACUGUAACGUAUUUCCGACUAACAGAGCCUUUUUAAUGACUAAAAUUGCAUAUUAAAUAUACUUUUUUGUUUAGAAUAUCAGUGUCUAUAUUUAUAAGGUAUUAAACGAGCAAGGCUACUGUUUUGUAUCAUGUUUAUGUCCAGAGUGAAAUGAAUUUUCAAUUGUCGUGAGCUUUAGCAAGUGACAAUAAAAAUUAUUUCAUGAGGGAAAUAAACAUGAUAAAAAAUGGUAACAAGUUUAAUAUCCUAUUUAUUACCCAUAAUUUAUCUUAAUUUAUUAUUUUGUACCACUUAUCUCACUUUGAUAUGUACCAAGAUAUUUUUAACCAUAUGGGUAAUAAAUAUGUUCAUUCAAUUUGUUUCUUGAAAAAUUUUUUAAGUUUGAGUGACUACAAACAAUAGGGCAAGAAUAAACAUAAUUGAUAUAUAGAAAAUGGUAUUCUGAACCAUUUUAAAAGUCCCUGUUAGUCGCAACAUCUUAACAAUGGCAUCAAACUCAGGACAGUCUCGUUAUAAAUUUAAUUCCUUCUCCAGUUUGGGGAUUUUAGUCCUUUUUGAAUUGUUAAACUGUGAUAUUUUAUUCUAUAAACAUAUGAAGCUGCUGUUGUGUUUGUUCAUUGUGUUCAUCAUUUUAUAAAUAUGUUGGUCAUUGUACAUGUCUUUAAAACUUUUAUUGCACAUAAUGUUGGGUAGAUAUCAUUUUGAUAAUUAUUGUAUGCAACACAGACAAUGUCCGAUUCCAUUGUACAGUGAAACCCCUCUAAACCGGACACCCUUGGGCCCAAGACAUAUGUCCAGUUUUAAGAGGGAUCUGAUUUAGAGAAGUUAAGUUCUGUCCUGGUUUUUAAAAAGGGACUCUGUAAAACGUCCGGUUUUGAGGGAAUACCGGUUUACAAAGAGUCCGGUCUUGAGAGGUUUCACUGUAUGUGUAUGUACUUUGAAUGUAUAAUAUUUAUUAUAGACAUGAAUGUUCAGUUUUGAUCCAUUGUUAGUUCAAAGGUUAGAUACUGUUGAUAUAUUUUAAAAUACUUUUUAGUUAAAGCUGAUUAAGCAAAAAAUAGUUAGGUGUUUCAUUUUGGUUAAGACUUUAGUCACUUAAAUAAGUACAUGUAUCUUGUUUUGUUAUGUUUUAUAUGCAUUAAGACUUAUAUUUUUAUGGAGUACACACAUAGUAUAUUGAACUAUGUACCUCAUGUAUAUUUUGUCUGUGUUUAUAGGUUUACAUUGUGAUUUCUAAAAUACAUAUCCAGCAGAUAGAUAUUAAGCCAUGCGUGUUGAGUGAUUAUAGUUUAUUAAAGCUGCAGACCCAAGUUUUCGUUUCAUAUCAAACACACUUGCCACUACUUCAAACAUCAGGAUGAGUAAUUUAAUGGAACUCUAUGGUCUUUAUACUGAAUGAGCAUAAAAAAUAUAUAUAUGUUUCUGGGAACAUGUUAAAAUAUAUUAGUCAGCUUUUUAAUUUUUUUACUAUUUUUAACCAUAUGGAUUCAAAUAAAAUACUAUGUAUUCUUUUCACCAACAUAUUAAUAAAUAAAUAAAUAAAUAAAUAAAACAAAUACAUGCCCCCUCCCUCCUUUUUUUUUUUUUUUUUUUUUUUACAUUGGAGUUUGUUCUUUUUUUUUUAGGUAGGGUUGGGUUCCCAGAAAUAUGCAAUGUGUUUUUUAGGCUUAAUGUAAUGGGGUUUUGGGGUGUGUUUUUUUAAAAAGCUGUAGUAGCAAGGAAUAUUUUAUACUGCUUAAUAACCCAAGAGCUUUUGUUGUAAAAGAAUGCACUACAUUCCUAACCAGCAGGGGUUGUGGCUAACAUACAUUAAAUUCUUUACAAAAAUGUUUUUAAAGUGUGAUAUACAUGUAUAUAUAGCCCCCUGUAUAAAAUCAAUCAUAUGCUAGCUAUAAUGAUUAUGCUUGUAAUAUAUGUAAUAUGCCAGUACUUGAGAUGGGAGAUAGGAAAUGAAGGAAAUGAUUUAUUUAACGAUGCACUCAACACAUUUAAUUACGGUUAUAUGGAGACCAGAGUGGGUAAAGCAUGCAAAUCAAUAUGGUUUGGUGGGUGAUUGCAAGUGGAAAAGAGAAGAGAGAAAAAAGCAAGAAGGAAUCCAUUAAAGAGAAGAAGAAGGAAUCCAUUAAAGAGAAGAAGAAAGAAUCCGAGGAUGGGUAAAGAUUAAAUCUGAAUGACAAAAAACUAUAUUCCAUGAACAAAUUUGCAUCUCUGCACAAGGCAGAGUCGAAAGGAUGUUUGGCACAGUCGUGAUUGCUUUGGAAGAGAGGGAUGGAAAGGAAUGGAAUUUUGUUUUUAAUUUACAAAGUUUUAAACUAUUAUAUUUAAUUAUUUUUAUUAUUAUUUAUCAAAAUCACAUCUGCACAAAACAGUCAAAACGAUAUCUGGCAAAGUCGUGAUUGCUUCAGAAGAGAGGGAUGGAAAGGAAUGGAAUUUUGUUUUUAAUUUACAAAGUUUUAAACUAUUAUAUUUAAUUAUUUUUAUUAUUAUUUAUCAAAAUCACAUCUGCACAAAACAGUCAAAACGAUAUCUGGCAAAGUCGUGAUUGCUUCAGAAGAGAGGGAUGGAAAGGAAUGGAAUUUUGUUUUAAUUUACAAAGUUUUAAACUAUUAUAUUUAAUUAUUUUUAUUAUUAUUUAUCAAAAUCACAUCUGCACAAAACAGUCAAAACGAUAUCUGGCAAAGUCGUGAUUGCUUCAGAAGAGAGGGAUGGAAAGGAAUGGAAUUUUGUUUUUAAUUUACAAAGUUUUAAACUAUUAUAUUUAAUUAUUUUUAUUAUUAUUUAUCAAAAUCACAUCUGCACAAAACAGUCAAAACGAUAUCUGGCAAAGUCGUGAUUGCUUCAGAAGAGAGGGAUGGAAAGGAAUGGAAUUUUGUUUUUAAUUUACAAAGUUUUAAACUAUUAUAUUUAAU